UGUCGCGAUCAUGGUGAGACGACGACGAAACGAACGUCGACUUUCAAACAAGUGCGUGCAGUUUUUCCGUGUUACACAUGCACGGUCAACGCUUAGUGGAGUGGCUGUUUCGUGUCGUUGAGUUGACGAUGAAGUGACAUUUUCACCGAUAAGCAUCAACACAUUCGUGAACGUCAACGGUGAAAUCGUAUGCAGUUGGUGGAAAAACAAGUAGAAGAGUGGAGAGGGAGAAAUAAGUGUGUGUCGUCCGCUUCGACUUUUUGCUGCUGGGGUGUACGUCGACAUCGAAUUAGUGAGCGAUACAAAAAGCCUGCAAGGUAUUACUAUAACGAACUUAUUAAACAAGCUGAAUGGAAAUGUUGAGCCAAAAAGUUAGAGGCUCAAGUACAAUAGGCAUUUCCAUCUACCUGCUAAAUUUUUAUUACUAAGUAACCUUGGCAGUGGAAUUUCCAUCAAAUAUCAACAAACAUGCCACAGGUAGAUAGUGCUGCUGCACAACCUCUAAGUAAUAACCAGAAUGUGACAGUAGCAGACAAUAAUCACAAUCUAGCUGAAGCCAUUGGCCCUGUAUUAAACAACAAUAAUCUAAAUAGAGCAAGGAACAACAAUAAUGAAAAUCCAUUGUUCAGUGUUCGUGAUAGAUUAUUCCAUGCCCUCUUCAUCAAAUCUGCUUUAAUAUAUGCUAGAACGUUCCCAAGACCUGUGAGGCGAAUGAUAGAAUUUGUUGUUUUAUUGAAGGCAAUAAUAGCAUUUUUUGUACUGGUGUAUAUACAUGUAGUAUUUUCACGUACACCAGCUAAUUGUUUGGAGCAUGUCAGGGAUGAUUGGCCAAGAGAUGGUAUACUCAGAGUAGAAAUUCUUAGGAAUGCUGGUGAAGAUUAUAGUAUAGAGAAAAGCUAUGCUAAAGAGGAAAAAUUACGACAAGAAAAGGUUGAAGACUUGAGUAGUGUAUUAGGAAUAUUAUCUAGAGAUGGGCUUAUAAAUAUCGAGCCAUCGGCGGUGGACGACGAUCAAGGCAGUCACGCGAGAGACGAAACACUACAGAAUUUAACCACGUCGGAUGAGGAAUUAAAUUUGCAAGGUGCGACUUUGGAGAGCUUGCAAAAUUUUAGUGCAGCCAACGCGAAUAUGAGUCCUUUUCUAUCAACUCCACUGUGGAAUGGACAUACCCAAGGUGAAACAACGACUAUAAUAAAAAAUGCACAAGGCAAUGUGACGAACGAGGGCAACAGCGAAACGCCAAUCAAAGUUAACAUUAUUCAGCCUUUGAAAGACCAAGUCUCCGAAGUUGAAAAAAUUGUUAAAGCAGUUUUUCCAGAAGAUGAGUAUAUCGUUGAGUAUUCUUUGGAGUAUGGUUUCCUGCGACUCUCACCGGCUGCUCGGCAGAGAUUAAACAUUCCAGUGAAAAUUGUUACUCUUGAUCCUGCAAACGACAAGUGCUUUGGUGAUGCCUUCUCGAGACUUAUCCUUGAUGAGUUCUUGGGCUACGAUGAUCUUUUGAUGGCUAGCAUUAAGACGCUCGCAGAGCAUGAAGAUAACAAAGGUUUCUUACGAAAUGUUGUCACUGGAGAGCAUUACCGUUUUGUAAGUAUGUGGAUGUCAAGGACUGCUUACAUUGCUGCAUUUUUCAUCAUGCUUGUUUUUACUGUGUCAAUUUCUAUGCUACUACGCUACUCUCAUCACCAAAUCUUCGUUUUCAUUGUGGAUCUGUUGCAAAUGUUGGAGUUUAAUGCCACUGUGUCGUUUCCAGCUGCUUCUCUUCUUACUGUGAUUUUGGCGCUUGUCGGAAUGGAAGCCAUUAUGUCUGAGUUCUUCAACGAUACGACUACAGCAUUUUACAUUAUGCUUAUUGUCUUUAUCGCUGAUCAGUAUGAUGCCGUUUGCUGCCAUACCCCUAUAACAAAGAGACACUGGUUAAGGUGAGUUUU